AGGCAUGGCAUAAGCAAGACCUACGCAACAACGUUUGAAUGAAGUUUCUACGUUAAACGGUUGAAGCUGAAUUGCGUGCGUUAGAAGAAGAAUAAUAAUAAGAAGAAGAAGAAGAAGACCGAGGAAGAACAGUACAGUGCAUUUUCAUGCACUGUAAUAAGAAGCCUAGGAAGAACAGUACAGUGCAUUUUCAUGCACUGUAAUAAUAAGAAGAAUAGGAAGAACAGUACAGUGCAUUUUCAUGCACUGUAAUAAUAAGAAGAAGAAGCCUAGGAAGAACAGUACAGUGCAUUUUCAUGCACUGUAAUAAUAAGAAGCCUAGGAAGAACAGUACAGUGCAUUUUCAUGCACUGUAAUAAUAAGAAGAAUAGGAAGAACAGUACAGUGCAUUUUCAUGCACUGUAAUAAUAAGAAGUAGUAGAAGAAGAAGCCUAGGGAUAACAGUACAGUGCAUUUUCCUGCACUGUAAUAAUAAGAAGUAGAAGAAGAAGCCUAGGGAUAACAGUACAGUGCAUUUUCAUGCACUGUAAUAAGAAGCCUAGGAAGAACAGUAUAGUGCAUUUUCAUGCACUAUAAUGAGCACAGAAACCUUAGGUGCAUUCACAAUAGCAAACAUAGGUGGAUGUUUACAAACGUUUUCCCGUUAGCACUGAGUUUUGGGCGACCAUCUUCAAACAAUCGCAAACAGUCUGAGGGUAGGUCUCCGCGAAGUUAUAACAUUACAGAAAAGUAGCCAGGCUGUUUGAUUUGUGGCCAUGGUCAUUGACAGGUUAUUUUGACUGUUCAUUUGUUAUUUAUAUUCAUAUAUUUGUAUUGUUUAGUGAAACUGGACGUGAGUUUGACGAACGCAACGAUGCAAUUUAGGUUACCGUUAGAAUGGAAUGUUAACAACACCGACCAAAUCAUUCAAAGAUAACAUGUUCAUCACGAGCGUUCGCCACUGUUUGCCAAAUUUUAAUGCACCACUGAUGAGUUACACGUUCAGAUUCAGAAGCGAAAACUCGCGAAAGUUACAAAGUUGUAAAGAACGUGGAGUGCACUAGCCACAUGUUUGCGACGCAUGACACAUAAGUAGCCUAUCAGAUAGACAGAUAGAUAGAUCAUAUUCAGCAUUAAAGAAAAGUCAGUUGUAAUGCAAUUGUCAACGGGUUUCUUUUCAGGGACUCCAGAGAAGACCUUUGGCCUCAUCCGCUUUAGGGCAGCAAAUGAUGCCAAAUUUCUUAAGACAAAAUUCGCCACCAAAAGCCUGUGGGAGUGAGUGACCAGACUGUACAAGUCAUAUCUGAUAAUGCUAUUGACCCCAGCUACAUGUCCAUAGUAAUUUCACUGUAUUUUCACAGGCAAGCAGUGAAAGAGCUGGGCCUGGAGGGUCAAAUUACCCACAAGCAGAUCAGCAAGAAGUGGGAGAAUUUAAAGAAACGUUAUAAGGACCUGAGGGAUCCAAGGACGGGCUCUGGCACAGACCAUGGGGAAAAGACGCUGUCAAAUUGGCCAUAUUAUGCAGAGAUGCAUGCUGUUUUGGGGGGAAGGCCUGCAGUUGACCCCCCAGUCAUUGUGGCUUCCUUCAGGCCGGCUGAGGAGGACCCCACAGCCUUAUUAAUGGCCAUUGUCACACCAACUUAUGAAACCCUCAGGGAGGACUUACCUGAGUCAGCCUCGGCCUCAGUCUCUUCCACCAGUCCUCCCACUACACCUUCCACUACCCUACCCGCAACUCCAGUCUCAGCCUCUUCCACCAAUCCUCCCACUACACCAUCCACUACCUCUUCCACCAAUUCAGAUACGCCAUCUAACACCCUCCCCGCUACUCCAACACCAUCACCAAGGAAGAGGAAGGGGAGUGCCGUCCAGCAAAUGCUGGAGUUUUUGCAAUCUGAAUCAGCUAAGGAGCAGAGAAGGCACACUGAAUCAGAGGAGAAAACCGAAAGGUUUUUGAAACUGUUUGAAAAACUUGUGGACAAAAUCUGA